CUUUCUUUCCAGCUUCCCGCCUCGUUCAGCUACCAACAGUCAGUGCUCUGAUAAGCUCAUAUUCCCUAUCCGAACGUAUUGCGAUCAAUUUCAUCACAGCAGUGCCUUCUGCGGUCCAGUUGGCAAACUGCUAUUGGAAGCUAUAAGCAUGAUUCGAAACUACGGAAUCCUUCUGAUGAGACACCGCCAUCAACAGGAGCUAACCGGCCCUUGCGUAGCCCCUUCCUCUUUACUCAGUAAUAUUGUGUGACUACAGUAGAACUUAUUCGGAUGUUCAGCUUCGAGAUCCCGUGUCUGAGGGAGUAACCAAGGAUUUCCUCUCAUAGGCAGAAAGCCUCUUCGAGGGGGUGAAAUCUACACUAACCCACGUGACUAUAUAUCCCGAUUGGGAAGUCAGCCGCAGAUAGGUCAGGUGUCUGCUACCGCGUCAACGCGACGUUUCUACCAAGAGCUCAGUUCAACCUUGCCCUCUGGCUACACCAUCUAUUAACUUUUCAAUACCAAUCCGAAUCAACGAUACUACUUGUCGCAUGAUCGCAUGACUGCUGACGAAUAAUAUAUUUUUCAUCAAUUUUACGCGCUGAACCCGCGCCAUCCGCUCAUCUUUUCCGUCGCCCAGUGGUUAUCGCGCCCAACGAAUCGCCGCUCUUCUCCGAACGUUAUCGACCAUUGACGAUCCAUUUCAUCAAAAAUGGCCACCGACUACAGCAAGAAGACUAAUGCCGAGCUAGUGGAGAUCCUCAAGUCUCGCUCCUUGCCUCACACUGGCAAGAAGGCGGAGAUGGUUGCCCGCCUCCAGGAGGAUGACAACAGCAAGGCACAGACUGCAGCGCCAGCCGCAAAAGCCGAUAACGCAGAAGAUGUGAUUGACUGGGAGGACGAUGAUGUGCCUGCCGCAGAUGCUGCUGCAGCGAAGCCGUCAACGGAGGCUGGUGCUGCAGCGAUCGCUGCAGGUGGUCAGGGCGCUGUCUCUAACCCGACUGCAGUUCCGAACCAGCAGCAAGACACCAACCCCGCCACUACAAAUGAUCUUAAGGUAGAAUCUAAUGGGGAUGCUGCCCCUACUGCACAAGAGGGAACGGAGGCAGCACCCGCUGAGACCGCUGAGACGACUGAGGCCGCUUCGGCUGAGGAGAAGCCAGCGCCCGACUACUCCAUUGGCCUUUCCGUUACCGACAUGGAAGAGGAAUUGAAGAAGCGUAAGGCUCGUGCCGAAAAAUUUGGCAUUACUGAAGAUUCGAAGACCGCAAUCGAAGAAGCGGAGAGAAAACUUGAGAGGGCUAAACGGUUUGGUGCUGCACCCGAGGAACCGGCUGCAACUGGAGUUAGCAAGUUGGACCAGGCACUUCCCAGCGAGAAGGCCCGCAAGAGGGGUCGCGGCGAGAAUGAUCAAGGCAAGCGGGGAGGCAAAAGACGGGAUUUCGGUGGGAGGAACAGGAAUCAGAAUCAGAAUCAGAACCAGAACCAGAACCAGAACCGGCGACGGGGUCAGGGUAACCGUAACCAAGGUCAAAACCAACGCAGCAAUGAGAAGCCUGCCAGCAGCGGCUUGAGUGAGAAGGAUAAGCUCGCUCUGGAGGCUAGGAAGAAGCGAUUUGGGGCUGCUGCGUGAUUAGAUCCAUGUUUCAUUACCACUUCUACUUGUUUUUCUAAACAUGGCGCGAUUUCAUAGGCGUUUUGAGGGAAUCAUUACUGUGGAAUCUUAGUAUAUGCAUUUACCAUAUUACACGGAACGUCUCUCCCCCUUUUUUCUUCCUUUUCAUAUUUUUCUUUUCUUUUGUUGAAAAGUCACCAGCAACGUGGGGGUUAACCGGAAUAGCUAAUAGUAAUACGAGACACUCGUACUACUUGCAGAGUACGUACAUACAAGUGAGUGCGCUAUUAGACUAAUAUGGCGAGCCUGGUUCGAAACCUGUAAUAGGCAAACGGAUCUACAGGAAGGAUAGAGACAAUGUAACUAAAUUGGGAGCAUGGACCGAUUAGCG